AUGGGACGGGCUCAGGAAGUGGGUUGGAUGACAGCAGGACUGAUGAUUGGGGCUGGUGCCUGCUACUGUGUUUACAAACUAACCUUAGGAAGAGAUUACAGAGAGAAAUGGGAGGAGGAGGAAGAGGAAUGGGAAGAUGACCAAGAACUGGAUGAGGAGGAGCCUGAGAUGUGGUUUGAUUUCACAACUAUGGCUCGGCCCUGGAAUGAGGAUGGGGAUUGGACUGCACCUGGUGGAACAGAGCACAGACCUACAGGUGGGGGCAAGGCAAAUCGAACACACCCAAAAAGACAGCGUCCAUUCCCAUAUGAACACAAAAAUACUUGGAGUGCUAAAAGCUUUAAAAUUUUCAGUUGUGCUCUUGAUUUUUUCAAGUGUCCUUUCAUUCAAGGAAACGUGUUUGCUCAGCCCAAGGAUGCUAGUUUUUCAUUUAGCCACAAUAUCAAUCGUCAUUUGGUCAGUGUCUCCAUUGUUGGAAACCUGAUCCCCACUCCCAAUCCCACAAUUAAGGAGGCUUUAUGUGCCCUGGAUAAUGUGGAUACCAGUAUGGAAAAUCAGUAUCAGAUUAAGAUGUUCAUCAGUGAAUUGUGCCAGGAAACUGCAUCACAUUGCUGCAACUGAUUUCUGCAGCACAUAGAAUUAAAUUUUUUAAUAAGCAUGACAAUUAUUAAUAACAUGCUUGCCAAGUCCAUAGACCUGAGGUUUCCUUUGAUAUCAGAGGAAAGUGGAUGUGCUGAGGUUCAGGUUUUGAAACUGUUGAUGAGUUUGCCUAAAAAGCGUCUCGCAGGGAAAUUGCUGGGUCCCCAAAUGCUGCUCUCAUUCAUGUUUCUCUUUAUCAGGAACAGAAAGAGACAGGUUCUCCUGGACACCCUGUCCUCUUAA